GGCGAGGGGGUCGUCGCGUUGGCCCCCCGCCGAGCCGCUCGCUGUCUCUCCGGAGCGGCGGGGAGGAUGGUGCGGGGCAGCCCGGGACCCGCCGCGCGCCGCCGCGAGUGAACAGGGCCCGGCCGCGGGCGGCCGCGGAGCCGCCGGUCUGUGAGGCGGUUGCAGCUGAUGAGAAGCAUGUUCAGCAUUAACCCCCUGGAGAACCUGAAGCUGUACAUCAGCAGCCGGCCGCCCUUGGUGGUUUUUAUGAUCAGUGUCAGCGCCAUGGCCAUCGCCUUCCUCACCCUGGGCUACUUCUUCAAGAUCAAGGAGAUUAAGUCCCCAGAAAUGGCUGAGGAUUGGAAUACUUUUCUGCUGCGCUUUAAUGAUUUGGACUUGUGUGUAUCAGAAAAUGAGACACUGAAGCAUCUCUCCAAUGACACCACCACCCCUGAGAGCACCAUGACCAUUGGGCAGGCCAGAUCAUCCACCCAGCCACCCCAGGCCCUGGAGGAGUCAGGCCCCAUCAAUAUCUCAGUGGCCAUUACCUUGACCCUGGACCCUCUCAAGCCCUUUGGAGGGUACUCUCGAAACGUCACACACCUGUACUCCACCAUCCUUGGACAUCAGAUUGGACUCUCAGGCAGGGAAGCGCACGAGGAGAUCAACAUCACCUUCACCUUGCCUGCUGCCUGGAAUGCCGACGACUGUGCCCUCCAUGGCCACUGUGAGCAGGUGGUGUUCACAACCUGCAUGACCCUCACAGCUGCCCCUGGAGUCUUCCCUGUCACCGUUCAGCCACCUCACUGUGUCCCUGACACAUACAGCAACGCCACACUCUGGUACAAGAUCUUCACAACUGCCAGAGAUGCCAACACAAAAUAUGCUCAAGACUACAAUCCUUUCUGGUGUUACAAGGGCGCCAUCGGAAAAGUCUACCACGCUUUAAAUCCCAAACUCACCGUUAUUGUUCCAGAUGACGACCGUUCAUUAAUAAACCUGCAUCUCAUGCACACCAGUUACUUCCUUUUCGUGAUGGUGAUAACGAUGUUUUGCUACGCAGUUAUCAAAGGCAGACCCAGCAAAUUGCGUCAGAGCAAUCCUGAAUUUUGUCCUGAGAAGGUGGCUUUGGCUGAUGCCUAAUCCCAUGGCUCCCCAUUUUCUGAGAGACCAAGAACCAUGAUCAUUGCCUGCUGAACCGGCCAGGGCCUGGCCACUCUGUGAAUACACGAUCUUGCAAUGUUGGGUUAUUCCAGCCAAAGACAUUUCAAGUGCCUGUAACUGAUUUGUACAUAUUUAUAAACAUUGAUCUGGAAA